GUCUGGAUGUCCGCUCUGCUUGCUCCCUCGGUCCCUAUGCAAACUGCAGUUUCAGCCAGGUAGGUAAUGUGUCAAACCUUAGGUCUCUCCUCCCUUCCAUCCAUAUCCCCCCCACCCAUGUCUCCCUUCGAUCCAUGUCACUACUCCCUUCCAUCCAUAUCCCCCUUUUCUUCCAUUCAUCUCUCCCCCAUAUUAACCUCCCCCUUCCAUAUCUCUCCCCCAUGUCAACCUCCCCUUUCCAUAUCUCUCCCCCAUGUCAAUCUUCCCCUUCCAUAUCUCUACCCCAAUGUCAAUCUACCCCUUCCAUAUCGCUCCCCAUAUCAAUAUUUUCCUUCCAUAUAUCCCCAUGCCACUUCCCUUCCAUAUCUCCCCAUGCCACCCCUUCCAUAUCUCUCCCGAUUCCACCACCUUCAAUAUAUCUCUCCACAUGCCACCCCCUUCCAUAUAUCUCCCCAUGCAACCCCCUAUCUCCCAGCCAAACCCCCUUCUAUAUAUCUAUAUACCAAUCCCCCUUCCCUCUCUCUCCCCAUGCCACCCCCUUCAACUUCCAUAUUUCUCCCCAUGCCACCCCCUUUCAUAUCUCUCCCCAUGCCACCCCCUUCCAUAUAUCUCCCCAUGCCACCCCCUUCCAUAUAUCUCCCCAUGCUAAACCUUCCUUAUAUCUCCCCAUGCUAAACCUCCAUUCCAUAUCUCUCCAUGACAACCCCCCUUCCAUAUAUCUCCCCAUACCAAUCCCUCCCUUCCAUAACUAUCCCCAUGCCAAUCCCCCUUCCAAAUAUCUCCGUGCCAAACCCCCUUCCAUAUAUCUCCACAUGCCAAACCCCCUUCCAUAUAUCUCCCCAUGCCCAACCCCCCCUUCCAUAUAUCUCCCCAUGCCAAUCCCCCUUCCAUAUAUCUCCCCAUGUAAACCCCCUUCCAUAUAUAUCCCCAUACCAACCCCCCUUCCAUAUAUCUCCCCAUGAAAACCCCUCCCCUUCCAUAUAUCUCCCUAUGCCUAACCCCCUUCAAUAUAUCUCAUACCUCAUGUCUCACUCCCAAGAAGCAGCCAUUCACUCACAGAGCCAAGUUGAAGAUUGAUGGCCCGGUCCCUGCCGUUUUGUCUGUCAUGGCAGGGGAGGGGGCGCCCGAUGUCUGAUGAGGCACGUGCUUGGUCUCUGUCAAGCUGAGCGCCGGGUAGUCACGUGACACCGGGCACUCCUACGCAGAGCAAGGGGGAGGUGCUCCACCUGUGUACUGUGUGUGUGGUUCCCUUAUGGAGCCGCACGCUGCCUGGGGGCGCCGGGAGCGCAGGCCGAACGGGGGAGCAUAAAUCACUGCUCAACCGUACAACUGAUUUUUGCGCUCCUGGCAGGCGCUGGUUUCACCAACUCCACGAUACACCCGUACAGGGGCCAGUUAAACCCCCAACACAUGUGACAUAGGCAGCCGAAACCUUUGUCAAUUCUAUGCAUAGAAUACAUUUGGAUCCUACAGACGUAAUGUAAUUCAGAGCGUGCCCCCUCCCUACAGCACUCUCACCUCCCAAUUCCGCAUUAGGUUCCCCAUUGAUGCUGAAAUAAGGUGAGUAACUCAUGGGCGUACCUAGAGCAUUUGGCACCUGGGGCGGAUCGUGUGUUUGGCACCCCCACCCACAUAUUAAAAUGUAAAAAACACCCACAAUAUUUUUAAUGUUUAAUGUUUUCAUUUUUAAAAAUUGCACAUGUGUACAUUUUGAAAAAACCCUGUCCUGCCCACUUCCACAAAAGGCAUGUCCUACCCACGUUCUACAAGACCUCUGCACCCCCCUUCCACAAAUCCCCUGCUCAGCCCUUUACAAUAAAAUAAAUUUUUUUAUACAACAAUAUUAGCAACAGUUUUUAGAGUCCAGUCCCAGGCACAUAGUCACUCGCACACAGUCACACACAGUUACAGGCAGACAGUCACACAGUUACACGCAGACAGUCACACAAACAGUUACAGACAGUCACACAUACAAUCACAGGCAGAUAGACACACACACACACACAGUUACAGGCAGCAUUCCCCAAUCACAGGCAGACAGUCACACACUCACUCACUCACAGGCACAAUGUCACAUACAGACAGUCACAGGCAGGCACUCACACACACACAGUCACAGGCAGACAGUCCCACACACAGUUACAGGCAGGCAGGCAGUCACAUAUAUCACACACACACACACAGUCACACACACACACAGUUACAGGCAGGCAGUCACACACCCACAGAAACCCACAGGUAGACAGUCAACACACACACACACACUCUCUCUCUCUCUUUCUCUCUCUUACUUACUGACUGUAUGGGCUGGAGGAGGAGUGGAUUAACUGAAGUCCCUGGAGUCUAUUAGUUGGGGAAGCAGGGACUCCAUCCUGCUUCCCCUUGAUGUGCAGCAGUGACAGCAGCGGGUGGAGGCCGUGUUUAACGCUGCCCCUGCUGCUGGUUUGGCUCUGCCCCUGCCACCAAUUAACCUUGCCCCCGUUUUUCUUAGAUGUGGCUGGUUUUGAAGUUCUGUGGCUGCCUGGUGUGUGAGCUGUGCAGCUGCUAUGCUCACACAUCCUAAGGCCGCACUGGUCAUGGCACCCUUCUGGUGAGUGGCACCCGGGGCGGAACGCCGCUCCCGCCCCUGCCUUAGUACGCCACUGGAGUGAAUUCAAGGGUUAUUUAACCAUUUGAGUGUUGAUGGGGGGAGUGCAUGAGGUGGAGGGAUGGGGGGCAGCAGAGGAACACUUUAGUGUUAGGAAUAUAGAUUUUUAUUCCGAACACAAAAGUGUCCUCUAACCCUGAAAUGUAACCAUUGCCAUUUUUACAAAACUGCAAUAUUUUACUUUGCAGGGUUGAAACUACAAGAUCCGGGUGACUUUAUUGGUCCUUUAAUUGAAGAUAAAUUAUUAUAACCCAGGAUACUACAGUCGGACUGCUCCUUCAAAGUGCAAAGCUUUUACAGCAAACUUCUCUAAUAAAUCAGUAUCUAAUAAAUCCUCGGGACUUGGCCUGUUUUCAUGCUGUCAAUAUUUGACUUCACCCAUGGCCGACACUCCCCCUUCACAUUAGUAUAAAAGGAAGAUUUCUAUAGACACAUUCAAGAUCAAAGACACUCUUUGCCCCUUCUGGAUUAGACUGGCAUCUUUGACUUUCUGUUGCUAUGGCAACAAAAUGGGGUAUCUGUGCUGCAGGAAAAAUAUGCAAUGACUUCUUAGUAGCAUUGCAGACUCUGCCAGCAGAGGAUCAUCAGGUAAGUGUUACAGAAACAAAAGGUAAAUGUAAUCAAUAGAGGAUAUUGGGAUCUGUAUAUACAGUACAAUAUUCCCUAUAAACAAGGCACAUUUUGCCCCUCUAUAGCCACAUCUCUUCUUUUUAUUCAUGUCUGUUCUCUCUCUGAUCAGUUUGAAAGAAUUAUAGACAGAGAGAGUUAUUCAAUAGCAAACAUCUCAAACUUCAGAUGUUCUGAACUACAAUUCCCAUAAUUCUCUGGUCAUCUAUUGCAUGCAAAUAAUUUUGGAAGUUGUGGGCCAGCAACAAUAGAGUUUAAAAUCCCUGCACUAAAGGGUGUAUUGCCAGGAAAUCAAACAUGAAUUUCAUAUGUUAUUUUGCCAAAUAGGACAUAUUCUCCAAGUCAGCAAUGUUUUCAGUUCAGCUUUUUUGGCCUACAGGAGUAAACUGUGGUAUUCUUGCAUACAUUGCAUAUGCAACAUUGAAGUAUAUGGAUAAUCCUAGGAAGCUGUAUCCACCAUUGAAAACUCAUGCAAUUUGCUCCAUCUUUUUCUUGUGACUAUUUUAAUUGCUUAGUCAUUUCACUGAAAUUACAAUCAAAAUAUGUCGUAAGACAAAGUAGGAACAACUUAUGCAUUUAUCCUGCACCUGACAUUUCCCCCAAAAAGAAAAAGGCAUUGUCUAUGAAGGCUCCUGUCGACCCUCCAUAGACAUCAGUGUUGCACUCUUGUGUAUGUACGAGUGUAUAGCACUUACAUGGUGUGACGGAGCUCCCUGUACCCCAGCUUGGUUCCUCCGCCAAGCUUGCUCCCUAGCUGGAACCAGAAAAAACCCGAAGUGCUUCUGCCCCAGUCGCCGCAGCUUCACUGGGGUCCUUCUGGAGCUUUUCCCCCAACCAGCACGUCUUCCAGGAAAGUAUUAUCUCCUCUGCCUAUUCCUCUGGAGCUUUGCUUAUAGUGCUUGCUAUUGCCUUUACAAAGGCACUUGCAGCUCUCAGGCCUAGCUCUCUUGAAUUAACCCUCGGCUACGGGGAUCUUUUAGACAGCAAACAGGUCCAAAGACUGUCACUGGGAUCCCUAAAAAUCCACACAGGACAUAAGUUCCAAAAGGAAAUAACAUACAAAAUUUUAUUUUUACCCGGGACCAGCCCAUAUGUUCAUUACAUCAACCUUGUUGUGACAAACUUACUAAACUACAAAUAACCAAAACAUGUCAGAAAACAUACAAGGAAUUAUAAUAACCUAAUAGCAUAGGAAUGGGGAAGACCAUAAUAAACACAAAGCAUCUCUACUGCCUGCAGAAACAGCAAUAUGCAUAUCUACCUGAAUAUGCAAAUUAACUGGCCUUGCUAUUCACCUAUAAUGGGCACAGGGUGAUUAAAACAGAAAAAUAAUCCAGGGACCUACAUAAAUAGUCUGUCUGAAGUUCCAGGUGAUGGUGACUACCGUCACAUAUGGGACCCUGGCAGAUGAAGCGCCAGAAGCUGAAGAGGAUCCACCACAUCAUGACUACGUCUAUGAGGGGCAGCUUCAGGUAAGUAAAACUUACCUUCCGUUGCACCCCAAUGCCACCACAUUACAAAGGUGGUUCUUUGCAAAAUAUGGUAAUUUCAAUUGUCACUGCUAUAGUAUAAGUAUAUCUGAGCUCAUCACUUAUAACUAUACUAUUCUGGAUUGCUAUUUGAGUUCUCUAUAUAAUAGAACUCAUUCAGACUGUGUACAAACACCAUGAAUAUGUUGCAAGGUAAUAUAACAGACACUAUACAGUUCAUACAAUUUCAGUUAAUUUGCUUUCUAUAUCUCUCUGCUACUCUGAACUCCUGUAAUAUAACACAUAUUGCUGGUUAUCUGUCUGCAGGCUGUAGCUGUGGCAUCAAGAGAUUUGAAACGAGCAAAAGACUUCGCUCAAACUCAUAACAUUCACAAAGUCUUUGGUUCUUAUGAAGAGCUUGCCAAAGAUCCCAACAUUGGUGAGGAACAAACAAAUAAAAAAAAACAAAAGGGGGGAUUAAAUAAAAUGAACAAUGAAUUACAACGGUGAAACAUCAUCAGUUAAAGAGUAGAAGAAGGGAAUACGUGUAAAACUUGAAAAUAGGGCGUAGAGGUAACAAGAUGAGCAGAGAAAGGGGGAAUUGUAUUGGUCAAUGGAAAACAAACACAGAUUUGAUCUCAUCACUGUUAUAAAUUACUUAUCUGCAAAACAGCAGCAACAUGUUCACAAAUAGCCUAGGUGAAUCCUCAAUGAGACUUGCGCCAGAAACUGUACUAAUUGUAACAUUUCUGCAUCUAAAAUGGUGUUAAGGUUUUCUGUGUAUCAAAUAAAGUUUAGCACCCACGUUGGGCCUCCAAAAAAUACAGUAAGCACCCAGGAGUGAUAACAUUUAUGUGUUCACGUGGUCCUGGUCAAGUUUUAAUAAAUGAACACGGCUUAUAUCUUCCCAUUUUCACACACAAUGUGUAACCUUACAGAUGUUAUCUAUGUUGGCGUCCUCCAUACAGUCCAUCGAGAUGUAGUUCUAAUGUUCAUGGAGAACAGAAAAAAUGUGGUAUGUGAAAAGCCACUGGCCAUGAACUCUGCAGAAGUCAAGGAACUCACCUUGGCUGCUCGGAAAAAUAAUGUAUUUUUUAUGGAGGUAUGGUAAUUUUAAUUGUAUAAUUUACUGUCAAAAACAAUAUCCACUAUGAAAAAUCUCACAAACAAAUUAUGUGUCUUUAGUCCACAGAUCUGAAACUCUGGCACCCCAAAUAUAAUAAGUAUUGUAUAUUAAAUUGAACAUAUUUUAAUAUUAUUUGACAGUCCUUGGUGAGGACUAUUAGCAAUUUAUAUUCCCCCAUGUCUUCAUCCAUGACAAUAAUAACUUUACCAUAGCCCUGAUUACAUAUUUAUUUUCAGCUUAUUGUAGCCUGGAAUAGUAUUUUGGUUUUAGAUUCGGAUGGAGCAAUCGGUUUUAUUUAUUUGCCUACAGGCUAUGUGGAGCCGUUUCUUUCCGGUGUAUGAGCAAAUCCGCACACUCUUAUCUCAGAAGGCAAUUGGAGAUGUGAAGGUUUUAAGGGCAGAAUUUGGUUCCAACCAGUAUCAUGUACCACGGGCGGUGCAGAAGGAGCUUGGAGGUGGUGCUCUCCUUGACAUUGGGUGUUAUUGUAUUCAGUUUGCAUUAAUGGUAUUUAACGGGGAACGGCCGGAGUCUAUCACAGCAAAAGGCUUUCUUUAUGAGACUGGUAAGUACUCUAAACUCUAAGUACUCUAAAACUGUUCUUUACUGCCUAAAAACUUUCCAAAUUCUUUUCAAAUGGAGAUACCAGUAAAACAUAGACCCAUAAUCAUCCUAUAGUACUCCAAAGCAUAACAUCUGCUGAUGUUCACUUUCUUUUCUUUUUUUGCUUGCCAAAUUCAAAGGUAUGUUCAAAGCACCAUAACAACCUAUGCUCUUUGUGCAGUUUAUGAUGUAUGGAGGUCCCUAUUAUAGAAUUCCUAUAACUGCAGUGAUUUACAAAAACCUUUGUAUCUAUAAACCCUUAAACACUCAUAUAUGUGGAAGAUAUGCAAUCCUCUGGCUGAGUAUAUACUUGGAUGACUUAAGGCUCCUUAAAGGAUUACUCCCACCGCCAUAGCAGCUUCAGCACAUUGAAGGUGUUAAAGGGCAGAGCUGUCGUCUUACCUGCUGGGGUUAGCCAAUUUUAGGUCGUAUGGUGUCCAUCGUAGCCCUGAAGGUAGGACAAUGUCCAGACAUUCCUGCUCCCAUAACAAAUUACACUCUCAGCCAAUCACUGGCUUCUCAUUGAGAGAAAUAAUAUGCACUAUAUCUCUUAAUGGAUGGCCAGUGAUAGGCUAAGAGCAUCAACUGAUGCUUGUAACCUAUCCCCGGCAGCCCAGCAAAGCCUUCCUCAUACACCAGCUGCAGAGAGGAUGUUACAUGUGGGCAAAUGUGUUGGAUGCUGGAGGAUUAACUGCAGUGUUAAACCACUGGAAAACAGUUUAAAACCUGAAGAUAAUUAGGGGCACACAGACACCCCUGCCCCAUAAUAUGUUCAAUGUGCUAUAGUGGGAAUGUGGGCAAAAAUUUUCCUCCAAUAGCAUUUUCAAUGAAACCGUACUAUGGCUGUUUCUUAUCUUUUUCUAAAUGAAACUGAUGCUAAUAUUCAACUAUAAAUCCACAAAAUCUCUGCUGAGUGAUUGCCUAUGGGUUGUGCUAAAAAUAUUUGGAUUGUCAGGAUUGGAUGAAAGCUCUUACAGCAAAAAUCACUACAUCCCGGCUAGGAAGUAACUGAAAAAAUCCAAAAGCAAGAGCAUAAACAUCGUAAAAACAGGAAUUUUAAAGAUACUUUUUUACUUUUUACAGUUAUUUACACACACAUUAUAGCGGACCACCUGUUAACCCGACCAGUUACCUCCACUAAUUCCCUUCCUUCAGCCGAUCAGGAACCAUUUAAAAUACACAGAGACCCACUUCCCCCCAGUAACUGGACGAGACACAGUUCUGGAGGUACAACGCUGACCGACUCCGUUUAUUUUGUUACACAUGGUUUUACAGACACAGACCCCUACAUGGGGUCUCCAACACAGAACAACAGGGUUUUCAAUCCCAAGAAGCUGAAGGGGGAGGGAGGAAGGACAAUGCAUGUAGGUUAAACUGGGCUGGCAGUGUCUCUGUGGCAAUGUCCUGCUGUGAGAGGAAAAGGGAGGAGGAAGGGCGCAGAGCAAUCCAUUUCACUUACUCUUCUUUACAGAGCUGUUGCAUAUACAGGCAAAAUACACGAAAGGCAUAGAAAUACAUGGGGAAACACAGAAGAAAAGGGGAAACCACAUUUUAUAUUGGGGAAUCUACGAAUAUAGAAGAGGGCAAUUCAUGAACAGCCAGCAGUCCCGCCACACACAUUAUCUAUGUAAUACUUCUUUCUGAGAAUUUUCAUUAAACAUCUUGUAUAUUCCUGGACAAUGUGUAGGAUUGUGCAUACAAUACAGGAGGCAAAGAGGAGUUAAAUUCACAUGUAAGAGUGGUGUACAGCUAUUUAUCUUAAUAUUAGAAACAGUGGCAAUGUUAGUCCAUCUCAUUGAUAACAAUGAAUAUAUGCAUCUUUUUUUUUUUUACCAUAUCAUUUACAACUCAUCUUUUCAUUAGGAGUUGAUGAAACUGUAACCAUAAUCCUUCAAUAUCCUGGGAAACGUCAGGCCAUUCUCACUUCUACCAUCAUGGUCGCAAUGCCAAAUCAGGCUGCCAUAUGUGGCUCCAAAGGAAUGAUACAGGUACACAAGCACAUGCAUUAUACAGGAAAACAGCUUAGAUGUGUAUAGCUUCUAUACAUUCAACAUCAAUAGAAUAUUACAAAAUUAUAUGGAUAUACACCUAGCUAUGUGCUCUCAGAGAGACUUCCAGACCAGAACUGGCACCAGGCUGAUGAGAUCCACAAGGUCGAAACUGCAGUCCAAGGCUGUUUUCUUGUCACUGAUCCCUUUGGAUCAUAGCCUAUACUUUGGUUAAAAAAAUAGUUGUGUUUCAAACAAUUUCCAUUGCUAAGGGUAUCUGCAGAAAUGCGGUAUAAUGUCUGAGAGACAAUGCCUAUCUGUGCUCAUUUGCAUUUGAAACUGGAUAGUCCGGUAUAGUUAUGGAUACAUGGUUUUUCAAGUAUCCAGCCCAAGAAGGACCCAACUUGAGAUAUGCAGGUGAUGCAUAACAGUAAUUUUGUGUGUAUAUAUACAUACCAUAGACGGCUCUCUAAUUAGGCUCUUUAGGUGGCUGCCUAAAGCCUCACACCCACUUGGGACUUGCGGUUGCCAAACUUACCUAACUGGAGAGCAGAGCCUGUAGCAUGGGGCAGGCAGAAGAGGCAACCAUUAGAGAGAUGCCCACUAUUAGGAGGAACGACAGGUGAGCUCACACAUUUAGGGAGGGAAAGGAGCAUAGGUACCGAGCAUCAGAUAAUAUUGUAACCAGGCACCGAGGAUUAAGGCAUUGUCCGAUCAAAUGCUUAUCACAGAGAUGGGUUGUUUUAGUGAGGUUAAUAGAUUUGUAUAAAAUAUAUAUAUUUAUAGCAGUAUUAGUUCAAGCACCAUUUGUGAGUAUUAAUAUUAGCAAUUAUAUAGCAUGCCUCCCAACCAUGCUGAUUUCAGCAAGAAACUCCUGAUUUUCAGGUCCUGUCUCGACUUUGUCCCCUGGUAUCCCACUUUUGUCCCCAAAAAGUGUAGAGCGAGAGCAUCAUAUAUUUUUUAUUUCCUGUUCUGGGGUUAGCAUGCUACACAUAGAAGAAAUAGAAGGUAUUAUUCUCUGGAAUUAAACAUUUUUAACAUGAAAGACUGCGGACACAGGUUAUUUGCACCAUAACCACUUCAAUUAGAUGAAGUGGUAAUGGUGCUUAGCGUGACUCUGUAAGUCUUCUGGUUGGAAGGAGAGCAACUGUCACCCACAGCUGGCCUUUUAUGAUGUUGUAGCUGUUUGCUUGCGAGCAAUCAACUGAUAACCUCCAGUUUGUUUAGCUAUGAACAUUCAGCUACUCCAAUGGACUUUAAAACUUAACUAUCACUAUUGAGAUUUUGUCGCAAUGCCGUAUCUAAUUAAAAGAUAAUUUUUUUCUCUCUUGUGCACGUUAUAUUAUUCACAUUGUAUGCCUGGCUGCCCUGACAGAGCCAGAAUGUGCCAUGUAGAUUAAUAUAAACCAUGCGCAGCCGUAUGUGUGUUGGAGCAUCAAUUCCUAGCUGAACGUAGCAACCACUCAAGAUGACAUUUUUUAUUGAAAUGUACUUUGGGCUUCAAUAAAGUAGUUAUUGUAUUCAUUAAAGUAAUAAUUACUCUCUGCAAAUUAAUUUCCAUUGCAGGUUCCGUCAUGCAUGUGGUGCCCAACGUCCAUCAUCGUCAAUGGAAAAGAAACAAAAUACUCUCUCCCUCCUUCUACAAAAGCCAUGCAUUUUACCAACAGCACAGGGCUGAGUUAUGAAGCAGAACAUGUGCGUCAAUGCCUAUUGAAAGGUAAUUCAAAGGUUUAAUGCAAUUUUACGAUGACUCGAUUAUUCUUGGUGGUGAGAUAAUGUCAGUUCUUACCUAUGCUGAGAUUCCCCCUGGUUUGAGGGUUAUUCACAAAAAAUUGUCCAGAAUGCAAAGUGAAUUUCAAAUUUAAAGGGUUCGUCUAAAAAUUUAUAUUGUUACUUUUUUUUUAAGAUACUAUUUGUAAGUCUCAAUUGUUUUCUUUAGGUCUCCCCUGAGCCACGUUUUUAACUGAAAAGUCAGUUUAACUAGUAUAAAACUUACCUGAAAUCCAGUGUCUGGCCAAGUACUCCAGGUUAUCUUCCACACCUCUUAUUUGGGGGUGCUACACACUCAUUGACUGGAUUUUGUCAAAUGUGACAAUGGGUGGACAAUGGGUGGACAAGGAGAGUGGUUGGGAGGAAGAAAAUAAGGGUUGGCACUAUUACAGUGGGAGAGAGGCAAUAUUUUAAAUUAAAAGUAGACACUAGUGGAGGGAGGGAAGCAGGGCUACUUCAGGUAUAUCUAGGAGACUGUGUGUGCACUUUUUGCCCACACGGUCCAAAGGCUUCACUUGCAGGCACAUUGCUUGCAAGUGAAGAAUCAGUGGAGAGUGUGUGCUGACGACAGAUGUUAUUUUUGCACAGAACUUACAUUAGGCACUCUGGAACAGCGUUCCCAGCUGUCAAAUCCAUGGGUGCUGAGGAUGUAACUAGAACCCAGAACACAAGUGCAAAUAUUUCUGGGUGUGCUAUGUGCACAUAGAGAUUCCUUCCUCCUUUACCACUUCAAAACGCAGAAGUGAACAUGGACGUUGGAGUAACCCUUUAAGGCCAAAGUAGCCAAGAUGGAAGCAUAGCAGACUUGGAAAUUUUUUUCCAGUUUGGCUAUUUUGGCCUUAAAUCUGAAAUUCCUGACAAUUUUCACUUUCGUGAACUUCAGUUAGAAAAAUCUUUCACUCUCAGUGGGUUUGGUGUUUGAGUUUUUACAUUUUCACCUUUCUGUGUUAGACAAUUUAUACAUGUUUUUAAUGUUUGCUGUUUAUUUGAAAACUCUUUAUAAAGGUUCUUAGGUGUUGGUUAGUUACAUUUACUUUUGAUAAAACUGAGAUCAUGAAUAAUAAAACCAGUUUUUAAAUAUUACCAUAUGUGAUAAAACUCAUCAGACGGCAAUAUCUUCUUGUUUAAACUCACAGUAUCACUAAUAACAGCAGGUCCCUCACCAUCAUAUGACUGAGGUUGUAAAGCCCAUCAUUCACUGUCAUAUCCAAAGCAGCAGGGCACUUAUUUCGUGAAGGACACCAUUUACAUUAUGUGACAGUACAUACGGUAAUAAGAUUCAGGAUAUUUUGUCUUUUAUAAAUACUAUAUAGCCAAAAGUAAGUGGAUACCUGAUUAUCACACCUCUAUGAGCUUGUUAAAUGUUCCAUUAAAAAAAUCAUUAGCAUUAAUAGGGCGAUAGGCUCCUCUUUGCAGCUGUAACAGAGGCCACCUUUUUGGGAAGACUUUCAACAACAUUUUGGAAUUUGUGACCUUUGCAAUAGCUUUACCUUGAUGGAUGUCCAUCAGUAGAUAAUGACGUGUGUUUGAUGUUACAGGAUUGAAGCAAAGUCCACUCAUGACUUGGGCAGACAGUGAGCUCUUGGCCAGCAUCAUUGAAGACGUUCGCACACAACUCGGAGUUACAUUCCCUCAAGACAGAACUUGACUCGCAAGGAAAAUCGACCAAUUUCAAUAUAUUGAAGAAAUGUAUGGAUUGGUUUUAAAGGGGAUGUGCCACCAAACAGUUUUAAUAUUUUAUUUACCUAUCCCCUAUAUUUAAAAAUGUAUGUUUAUGAAGUCUGAAAAAUAAAAUGAAAUCUAGAAAUCGG